AUGUCUUGCUUCAAGUUCAAGGUCCCCCAGGACCAGAGGCAGCAAAGCAACCCCACAGCACUAUCAAACCUCCCCCAGGACCAGAGGCAGCAAAGCAACCCCACAGCACUAUCAAACCUCCCCCAAGGUCCCCCAGGACCAGAGGCAGCAAAGCAACCCCACAGCACUAUCACACCUCCCCCAGGACCAGAGGCAGCAAAGCAACCCCACAGCACUAUCACACCUCCCCCAGGACCAGAGGCAGCAAAGCAACCCCACAGCACUAUCAAACCUCCCCCAGGACCAGAGGCAGCAAAGCAACCCCACAGCACUAUCAAACCUCCCCCAAGGUCCCCCAGGACCAGAGGCAGCAAAGCAACCCCACAGCACUAUCAAACCUCCCCCAGGACCAGAGGCAGCAAAGCAACCCCACAGCACUAUCAAACCUCCCCCAAGGUCCCCCAGGACCAGAGGCAGCAAAGCAACCCCCACAGCACUAUCACACCUCCCCCAGGACCAGAGGCAGCAAAGCAACCCCACAGCACUAUCACACCUCCCCCAGGACCAGAGGCAGCAAAGCAACCCCACAGCACUAUCAAACCUCCCCCAGGACCAGAGGCAGCAAAGCAACCCCACAGCACUAUCAAACCUCCCCCAAGGUCCCCCAGGACCAGAGGCAGCAAAGCAACCCCCACAGCACUAUCAAACCUCCCCCAGGACCAGAGGCAGCAAAGCAACCCCACAGCACUAUCAAACCUCCCCCAAGGUCCCCCAGGACCAGAGGCAGCAAAGCAACCCCACAGCACUAUCACACCUCCCCCAGGACCAGAGGCAGCAAAGCAACCCCACAGCACUAUCACACCUCCCCCAGGACCAGAGGCAGCAAAGCAACCCCACAGCACUAUCAAACCUCCCCCAGGACCAGAGGCAGCAAAGCAACCCCACAGCACUAUCAAACCUCCCCCAAGGUCCCCCAGGACCAGAGGCAGCAAAGCAACCCCACAGCACUAUCAAACCUCCCCCAGGACCAGAGGCAGCAAAGCAACCCCACAGCACUAUCAAACCUCCCCCCAGGACCAGAGGCAGCAAAGCAACCCCACAGCACUAUCAAACCUCCCCCAAGGUCCCCCAGGACCAGAGGCAGCAAAGCAACCCCACAGCACUAUCAAACCUCCCCCAGGACCAGAGGCAGCAAAGCAACCCCACAGCACUAUCAAACCUCCCCCAGGAACAGAGGCAGCAAAGCAACCCCACAGCACUAUCAAACCUCCCCCAGGACCAGAGGCAGCAAAGCAACCCCACAGCACUAUCAAACCUCCCCCAUUCCUCGAGCUAAAGGUGUAUGAAAAUGUGACGACGUACUGA